UGGGCGGAGAUUCCAGCAGACGGCGAACCUGACAAACCCAGUAACUGGACUGGGAUCCGCCAGAGACGCUCUCUGGGGACUGAGUGCACUUAUUUGUUUGCCGCUUCGGGCUUUGGCGGCGUCUUUGCGCACAGUUGACCCACGUUUGGUCCAGAACGCCGUGAAGUCGAUGGAGAAGUUGUGGGUCGAGACGUGGACGGCUGCAGAGGAGUCGCACAGAAACUCAUCGGACUUGAGUUGAAGAAGCAGAUCAACAGGACGGAACGAGCGGAACGAGACAAUGGGAGAGCGGCCUGUCUUUACGCGGAGCCUCGCUGGAACUGGCGCAGUCUGAAGCGACCCGCUGAGCUUUGCGCAGAACACGAGGGUUGAGUCCGAUGAACAGAGCUGCAGACGGACUGAGCGAGCGAUAAACACGCAGUGAGCAUGUGGAGCCGGGGGACGUGGACGUGGACGUGGCGAGCGGCGCUGUGCUGCGCGUUCCUGGAGACGCUCCUCCACACGGCCACAGGUCUGAACGUGUGCACGAGCGGCAGCAGCGCGUCCUGCGAGGAGUGCCUCCUCAUCCACCCCAGCUGUGCCUGGUGCGCGCAGAAGGACUUCGGGAGGGGGAGGACUCUGACGUCACGGUGCGACUUUAGCCAUAACCUGCAGAAAAGGGGCUGCCACGCGCGCUUCAUCGAGUUCCCCUCCAGCAGCACCUCGGUCCUGCAGAACCAGCCCCUGAGUUCUAAAGGGUCCGGGUCGACCCAGUUUGAUGUGGUCCAGAUUAUGCCCCAGAAAGUCUCCGUCAGCCUGCGGCCAGGCGACCAGACGUGGUUCGGGCUGCAGGUGCGGCAGGUGGAGGACUACCCCGUGGAUCUGUACUACCUCAUGGACCUCUCGCUCUCCAUGAAAGACGACCUGGACACCAUCCGUAACCUGGGCACCAAUCUGGCCCACGAGAUGCGGAAGCUCACCAGCAACUUCCGGCUGGGCUUCGGCUCCUUCGUGGACAAAAACAUCUCGCCCUUCUCCUACACGGCAUCCAAGUACCAGGAGAACCCGUGCAACGGGUACAAACUUCUCUCCAACUGCGUCCCCACCUUCGGUUUCCGCCACAUCCUCUCGCUGACGGACAAAGUGGACCGCUUUAACGAGGAGGUGCAGAAGCAGAUGGUGUCCCGCAACCGCGACGCCCCGGAGGGCGGCUUCGACGCCAUCCUGCAGGCGGCCGUUUGUAAGGAGCGCAUCGGCUGGAGGAAGGAGGCCUACCACCUGCUGGUGUUCGCCACAGACGACGUUCCUCACCUGGCGCUGGACGGACGGCUGGGCGGCCUCGUCCGCCCCCACGACGGCCAGUGUCACCUCGACGACAGGAACGAGUACAGCGCCUCCACGUCCAUGGACUACCCGUCUCUGGCUCUUCUGGGGGAGAAACUGGCAGAAAACAACAUCUUCCUGAUCUUUGCAGUGACUAAGCCGAUCUAUGUUAUUUAUAAGAAUUUGACUGCCCUCAUACCUGGAACCACAGUAGAGAUCCUGGACCCGGACUCUAAGAACGUCAUCCAGCUCAUCGUGGCAGCCUAUAAUAACAUUCGCUCCAAGGUGGAGCUGAGCGUUGGGGACCACCCAGAGGACAUCAGCCUGUCCUUCACCGCCACCUGCCAGGACGGGGAGCCGCUGCCCGGCCUCAGGAGGUGUGGCGACCUGAAGAUCGGAGACACGGUUUCCUUCAACGUGAGCGUGGAGGCGAGAGGCUGUCCUCCCCGUGGCGCCGACCAGACCUUCACCAUCAAGCCGGUGGGCUUCAAGGACCUCCUGGAGGUGGCGGUGGACUACCAGUGUGACUGCGGCUGCAGCCGGACGGCCCAGCUCAACAGCAGCAUCUGCAGCUCCACAGGCGCCUACCACUGCGGGACCUGCCGCUGUGAGCCCGGCUUCCUGGGCGCCCACUGCGAGUGCCAGGAGGGGGAGGCCGGCGCCGCGUACCUCAGCGGCUGCAGGGAGGCCGAGGGCAAGCAGAUGUGCAGCGGGCGCGGCGAGUGCAGCUGCAACCAGUGCCUGUGCUUCGACUCGGAGUUCGGGAAGAUCUACGGCAGCUUCUGCGAGUGCGACGACUUCUCCUGCGCUCGGCACAAAGGCGUCCUGUGCUCAGGUCACGGCGAGUGUCACUGUGGGGAGUGUAACUGCCUCGCAGGCUUCAUCGGCGACAACUGCAACUGCUCCACGGAGACGUUUCCCUGCGUCUCGGACGACGGCCAGAUGUGCAGCGGCCGAGGCGUCUGCGAGUGCGGCCGCUGUCGCUGCACGGAGCCCGGCGCCUUCGGAGACACCUGCGAGAAAUGCCCCACCUGCCGCGACGCCUGCGACACCAAAAGUGAGUGCAUCGAGUGCCGGCUGUUCAACGAAGGACGGCUUGCUGACAACCACACCUGCCAGCGUCUGUGCAAGGACAAGGUGGUCACAGUGGAAACCCUUGAAUCAGCCGAGCGCGGUGCCGUUCUCUGUCUUUAUAAGAAAGAGCACGACUGCGUCAUGAAGUUCACGUAUUCCGAGCACGCGAGCGGCCAUUCGGUCCUGACCGCCCUCAAGGAGCCAGAGUGUGGCGGCGGGCCCGACGCCCUCACGGUGCUGCUGGCUGUGGUCGGCAGCAUCCUGCUGGUGGGAGUGGUGCUGCUCGCUGCCUGGAAGCUGGUCAUCACCAUCCACGACCGCCGGGAGUUCUCCCGCUUCCAGAGCGCGCGCUCACGGGCCCGAUACGAGAUGGCCUCCAACCCUCUGUACAAGCAGCCCGUCACCACACACUUCAUAGAGACGGAUUUCGCCAUGUACAGGAAGCCCUACAACGGAGGCCUCCACUGAUCAGUGAUCACUGAGCCCGGCAGGACCGGUCCGACCCGACACGACGCGCAGAUCCCUGGAGGACGGACACACACACACACACACACGCACACGGUGGAGGAUCCAGGCGCAGCUCAGUGAUGGCUUCAUCAGCUUCAUGCGUGUGAUCGCUGACGGCUGAGGAGCCGGUGCAGGAGUGAGUAGAGCGAAAGAGAGUUAGGCACGAUUGCUUCAGCCACAUUAAAGCAACAUCCCGGCGCAACACGGCUCAUUUGUAUAGUUUUAUGGACACUGAAAGCCUUUUUGUCGCAUGAACUGACGGGACACUGAGGAUGAAUUUCACUCCACAUGGGCUCAAUGAAUGGAAAGCACAUUUCUGCAGGUGGAUGUGACGACGUUUUGGUACUUCUAACUUUUACUAAACAAUAAUCGUCUUACCUUCGUUUUGCACAUGAAUUAUAAAGUCUUGUAAAUGUUUUGAUGCUUUGUUACAUUUGAGUGUGUGCGAGUUUGCGUGUGUGCGAGUUUGCGUGUUUUUGAUGCUCCUCUUCUCUGACUCCACAUUUGAGCUUAUCUGACCGUUAAAAAAAGCCUUUAAAGGUAAAAAAAAUGAAGUGAGUUUUUAUAAAACCUACUCAUCAUGAAUUAAAUCAGUGAUGGUUGUUUCCAUCAGGUAGAUCAACGUAUUGUGACCCAGUUUUUAGAUGAGAGCCUCAGUGUUUCCAUGAACUCCCUCCACCUCUGGUCACGUUAACCUGGAUGGGAUUUGUUUCUUUGGAGUGUGAGUUAAUUAGAAAGUUCAUAGAUUAAACAGAUGCUGAUUAAUUUUCUGUUAACAUUUAAAUCCUUUUGGAAGAAAAGAUUAUUUGCUUCCAGCUUCUUGAUGAUGAUGGUGAUGAUGAUGAUGAUUUGUUGCUUCUUAAGUGGAGCAUCUGUGGAUAAACUGACCUUUUCACCCUGAGGAGCGAUUUAGUGGUGGAAACAGAAACUCACCAACCUCUAACCUUAAAGCUUUUCACAUGAAUGGUGACGUGAGGCUGUGUCCUCCUCACUGCUGCCAGAGAGGAAACGUGUGUGAGCUGAGUGACGAGUGAACGUAUGAAUGGUGGGGAAUGAACACGCUUCUGGUGGCGCGGCGUUCACAGGCUCAGUCGCCAGCGUUCCUCCUCAGCAGCCUGAGCACUGAUGUAACACAGAGCAACAACAAUAAAUCUGCCUAUGUGA